AUGUUUAAAAGUACAGAUAUUAUAUUUAAUGAAUGUGCUUCACGUGGCAUAAUUUGGAAAACCAUACCUCCACGCUCUCCGCAUUUUGGUGGCCAUUGGGAGGCUGCAGUGAAGUCCACUAAAUUUCAUCUAAAAAGCAUACUACAAGAUGCGAAAUUUAACUUUUUUGAAUUCAACACACUUUUAAUACAAAUUGAAGCGGUAUUAAAUUCAAGACCUAUCACUCCCGUGCCUGAGAGUCCAAAUGACGAACCAGCUCUAACGCCUGGUCAUUUUGUUAAUGGCUCUGCUUUAAAAACCAUACCUGAUCCCGACAUAAGAGGUGUCAACAACGUAAGCCAUUUACGGCGUUAUCAAAGAUUGCAAUAUUAUCUGCAACAGUUUUGGGACAGAUGGUCUAAGGAUUAUUUAAACACGUUGCAAAAUCGAACUAAGUGGACAAAUGUCAUUAGUGGUUAG